UUAUCAAUAGUUUUGUUGAUUAGUAACAACCUUUUCCUUUUCAAUCAUAUUUGAUUGUUUGUCCUUCUCGAUUGAUUGUCACCAUUUGCAAGUCAAUCGUAUUGAACAAUUAGUGUUUUCUUCAAGGUCUCGAAUCAUAUUCACUAAGAAUUUUUAACUCCAACAGAAUAGAAUUGAUCAAAUUUGUGAUCUUUUUUUCUUUCGAUAAUUUUUCUUAAUUGUUAAUCUACUAAACGAUAACUGAGAAAAAAAUAUGUCCAUGUUUGAGAAUGUCCAAAGUGCCCCACCGGUGGAAAUUUUCGUUCUUUCUCGUAGAUUCACCGAAGAUUCAUCGCCAAAUAAGAUGAAUCUCAGUAUCGGAGCUUAUCGAGGAGAAGAUGGUAAACCAUGGGUUCUACCUGUUGUUAGAAAAGUUGAACAAGAAAUGGCUGCAGAUGAAACUCUUACUCAUGAAUAUCUUGAUAUGCUCGGUGAUCCAGAUUAUUCAAUUGCUGCGACUAAAAUGCUUCUUGGUAAAGAAUCAAUCGCCCUUAAGGAAGGCCGAGCCUUUGGUAUUCAAGCUCUAAGUGGAACAGGAUCUUUACGGAUCGGAGCUGAUUUCUUACGAAGUUGUCUAGGAGCUGAUUCAGUCUACAUCUCGGCACCAUCUUGGCCAAAUCAUCAAUUGUUAUUCAACCAUUCAGGAUAUAAGAACAUUAAAACUUAUCGUUACUGGGAUGCUACAAAUCUUUGUCUCGACUUUAAUGGGAUGAUUGAAGAUCUGUCUCAGGCUCCUGCUGGAUCAGUAAUUAUACUUCAUGUUUGUGCUCAUAAUCCAACUGGGUGUGACCCGACAGCCGAACAAUGGGAAAAAAUUGCCAAUUUGAUGAGAGAGAAGAAACUUUUCCCGUUCUUUGAUUGUGCUUACCAAGGUUUUGCCUCUGGUGAUUUGGAAAAAGACGCAUUCGCAGUUCGGUAUUUUGUCGACCAAGGUUUCGAACUUUUCUGUGCUCAAUCUUUCGCCAAAAACUUUGGACUUUACAAUGAACGAACUGGCAAUUUAACGAUUGUUGUUAAAGAUCCUAAAGUGAUUGUUAAUAUAAAAGCACAAAUAACUUUGAUUGUCCGUGGUAAUUAUUCAAAUCCACCAGCUCAUGGUGUUCGUGUGGUCAAGCGAGUUUUGUCCGAUCCUAAACUUUUCGGUGAAUGGGAACAACAAAUCAAAAUAAUGGCCAAUAGAAUAAUUGAAACUCGAAAAUCGCUACGAGAAAAACUCGAAGCUCUUGGAACAUCCGGAAAAUGGAAUCACAUCACCGAUCAAAUUGGAAUGUUUUCUUACCUUGGACUGUCUGAAAAUCAAGUUAAUUAUCUUGUCGAUCAAUGUCAUAUCUACCUUCCUAAAAGUGCUCGCAUAUCAAUGGCUGGAAUCAACAAAUCUAAUAUUGAUUAUCUUGCCAAAUCAAUUCAUGAUGCGGUUACUCAAUAAUUAUCCUGAUUCCAAUCGUAAAGAUAAUCAAUGAUCACAAUCGGAUAUCGGAAAAUGAAUCAAUCUCCAAUGGAAAACCAUCUGUUAAUUAUCAACAAUCAAUUUACAAUCAAAGCUAAACUAAUGGGUUGAAUGGCAACGGGAAGGAAAUGAAAAGAUAUUUAAUUAUCGAUUCUCAUAUAACAUAAUAAUAUUUUACAAAUGAAAUUGAUGAAACUUGAUAAUUAUUAGAUAUUAAUGAUUAUAAUUAUUAAUCAGUUUCUAAUUGUUAACAACCUAAUUCCUGAUAAUUUAUAUGAUAAUUUAAUCUCAAUAUUUAAUUCCAAAUGAACGUAAAAAGAAAGCAUAAUUUAGACAAACAAUUGUAAAAGAAAAACAAUAUUUAAAACAAUUUAGUUUGAUACAAAUAAUAAUUAAAAUUAAAUCUCAUUGUACAAUUUACAAUCUAAAUUGAUUGAGAUUAUUCACAAUCAACCAACAA